CCUGUUUGUAACACAAUAUUUUUGUCAUUUGUUUACCAAAAGAUAUUUAAGCUGUUUUAGACAGACCAUUAAUAAAUCUUGUAAAAUAUCAUCGUCACACAAAAAAAAAAUCAUAUUCUUUUAAAUUUCGAACCCGUAAAUUUUGUUAUUAUUUUGUGCUAGGACGUAUAGAGGUCCGUGAAUAUCAGUCAGACUGCACUUGCGCAAUAUGCAUCAGGGAAGGUAAGCCAUUUGUGAGAAGGGCGCCGCGCGGACAGUCGUCGUGCUAGACCUCUCUCGCACCCCUGUUCAACAAGCCCGGAAGCAGCCAAUCAAUAAUCGGAGUCCAGACAAGCCAAGCAGCCAUGGCUAGUAUGAACAAACAAAAAAUUAAAGAAGAAAUGGAAGAUCCACCAAAACAUACAAUCAAGAAAGAAAUAGAAGAUCCACCAAAACAUACAAUCAAGAAAGAGAUCGUAGAUCCACCGAAACAUACAAUCAAAAAAGAGAUAGUAGAUCCACCGAAACAUACAAUCAAGAAAGAAAUUGUUGAUCAACCAAAAAGGACAAUUCGACGUAGGGUGCCGAUGGCUGCUCGUCGUAUAAGGAAGCUUAGGAUGAUCAAGAAAAUAGCAUUGGCAACGGUUUUAUCAAAAUUCUUCACCCGAAGAUCUCCAACGGAAGAAGGGGAAGAAGAUGAUGAUGAAGAAGAAGAGGAAGAACGUGAGGAAGACGAAGAUGAUGGUGAAAGUGAAGAAAGUGAGGACGGCAUAGCUGUCAAAUGCAUAUUAAUAAAGUACUCGUCUUAAAAAUCUUUGAAUCUUGUAGUGUCUUUGACAAUCUUAAAAAUCUUUCAAUCUUGUAGUGUCCUUGACUUAGUAAAAAAUAAAUAUCUUUACUUCUUUAUUGUUUUAUUUAUAUUUGACCUCAAAUAAUUAACCUGAUCUAUCAUGAUCACUUUAUAUUUAUUCAGAAAAAGAUUUAGACUUGUUGUCAGUUUUCUUAGUAAUUAAAUGAGACCUCCUUUCACUAUUCGCCUUAAAAUCGCACACAUGUAUCAAACACACACACAUUUUUAAAGACCAAACAGGGCUUCAUCAUCACCUUCAGCAAAGAUCUUUCUUUGUAUUUUUUUCUGGAUAAUUUCGCCCUACUUACCUAAAUCUAAGUAAGGUAUCUAAUUCACCGUCCUAGUCGGUCAAACAUGUUCUCUGGAUGUGGUGAUUUUUUAUGAAGUAUGAACCUCCACAAUGGCUUUUACCUAAAAAAAUUGUUUUCACAAUAUACCUGUACUAAACCGACCAGUUAUUAAGAUACGCAUGUUAUUGUUACGAAAACAGUAGAAUAUUAUUAUUUUCGCAUAGAUAGUAUCUACAAAGAAAAUAAUCGUCAAGAGUGCGGAGCAAUUUUACAAUUUAUUCGCUCAUCGCUAGCCGCGUCGCUCAAGACGACAUGUUGAAGUGCGUUCUAAGAACCCCUUCACACUCUUCGGGAAUUUUAUUUCUUUAUUUAGAUUUUUUUCUAGCCUUACAAAAUGUAACUUUAAUGUCAAGUGUUAUAGAUUUUAUGUGAAUUAUUGU